GCGGAGSCGUCGCUGCCCGCACCCGCCAUGGCCGCGCGGCUGCUCCUGCGGGCGGCACGGCCGCUCCUGGCCGGGGCCGGGCGGGGCACUGGGCUCUCCUCUGCACCCUCCACCGUGCCCGGUGCCGCGYUCAGCAGCGGGCCGCCCCCCGAAAAGAAGCGGUGGCUCCGGGCGUACCAGGAGCUGCAGCGGCUGCAGGCACCGCCGCAGCGGCGGUCCGAGCAGCCCAACUGGGAUUACCACGCGGAGAUCCAGGCCUUCAGCCACCGGCUGCAGGAAAACUUCGCUCUGGACCUUCUCAAGACUGCGUUCGUCAAUCCCUGUUACAUCGAAAGCGAAGAGGCGAGGCGCCGCCAGCUGGGGCUGGACAAGGACGCGGUGGCUCUUCAGCUCCAGGACAACACCGGACUUGCGGAGCAAGGGCAGCGCUUCGCCCGCGCUUACCUGGCGCAGUGCUUUGAAGGCGCCUACCCUGAGUUGCCUGCGAAAGGCGUAGAAGCGCUUGUUGAUUUUCUUACCGGUCAGGAACUUGUCUCUUAUGUGGCUCAAAACCUGUCCAUCCAGGACCUGGCGCUUUGCAGGGAUUUUCCUGCCCCACCGGGCGUGCUGCAGAGGACGUUCUUUGCUGUGAUAGGAGCCUUGCUGGAAAGCAGCGGGCCCGAGACAACCGGGAUCUUUGUCAGGGACUUUUUUAUUCCCCAGCUGAUUGGAAAAGACCUGUUUGAGAUCUGGGAAGUUGUAAACCCUAUGGGCUUACUGCUGGAAGAACUGACCAAGAGGAAUAUCUCUGCUCCAGAACCAAGAAUUACCCGGCAAUUGGGAGUCAGCACRGUUUUACCAGUCUACUUUGUUGGGUUGUACUGUGAUAAGAAGAUUAUAGCUGAAGGCCCUGGUGAAACACUGCUGGCUGCAGAGGAGGAGGCUGCACGCGUGGCACUGAGGAAACUCUAUGGAUACACAGAGAACAGGAGACCUUGGGAUUACUCCAAACCYAAACAAGGAUUAACAGCUGAAAAGGCAAUCAGCAGUAAUUAGAUGCUAAAAGACAUUUCUGGUUUAUUUUUAAAAUGAAUGGUUCCCAUGCUGAAUAAUAGUGUAUUUGGAAAAGCAAAAUACAGUUUGUUUUUCUGGUCUUCAGUGCUUGAAACUUCCAAAUCAAAUAUGGUAUUAAAUAAAGUCUUUUCCUUUUGCACAAUG